AUGUAUAUUAAAAAGUGGGAUGAGGUCAGUGUCCUAGAUGACCAGGGGAAACUCAUCCGGACCUUUGAGGUCUGCAACGUCAACCAGAACCCCCGUCUCCAGGACAACUGGCUGGCCACGCCCUUCCUCUUCCGCUUCUCGGCACCACGAGUCUUUGUGACGCUGCGUUUCUCCGUGCGGGACUGUGCCAGCCUGCGCUCGCCCUCACCCUCCUGCCGAGAGACACUCACCCUCUACUACAAACAGGCCGACUCACAGAGAGAGCUGGAGAGGACAUGGAAUGCAGAGCCGUCCAGUGCAGAGAAGGACACGAGGGAGGGCUGGGUGAAGAUUGACACCAUAGCAGCAGAUAAGAGUUUCACCAAGGUGGAGCCCAGCCUGCCUCACCAGUACCAACCAGACCGCUACCGUCGGGUCAACAUCAAGACCCGCAGCUUCGCGCCGCUCACACGCAAUGGAUUCGUCCUGGCCAUCGUCGACAGCGGCGCAUGCGUCUCUCUCAUGGGUGUGUCCAUCUUCUACCGCCGCUGCCCAGCAACCAAUCGCUAUCUUGCUUCCUAUCCGGCCACACCCUCAGGGGCGGAGCCUACCGCCCUGGUCCCUGUGACUGGGACUUGUGUUCCCCACAGCCAAGCACAGGGAGGCUCCGCCUCCCGCAUGCACUGCAACGCAGAAGGUGAAUGGAUGGUGCCGGUGGGUGGGUGCAUCUGUGAAGAGGGAUAUGAGCCCAAUCAAAACAGAUCUGCCUGCUUAGUUACCCACAGCCUUGACAGAAACACGCACCCACUCGGAAUGGAGUCAGCAGGAGCAGGUGCCCCUGCAGUAGGGGUUGCGGAACGAGGCCAGCAGCAUGCUGCCAUGCUACAGCAUCUUGGCAGCGCCAUGGAUCGCAUUCUACAAACCAUGGAGCGCUGGGAGAGAAGAGGAGUCCCUCCAGCGUCUUCACCAGCACCACCAGUCUCACCAUCACUCACCCCUCCUUCACCCGGGCCCAGUGGGAUUCGGCUCGCCCUCCCGAGGGAGUAUGAUGGAACGGUGGCGGGUUAUCAGGGGUUCUUGCUCCAACUAGAGCUCUACCUGGCAACCGUCCACCCGGCUCCUUCGGGCCGUGAGAGCGUGGCCGCCCUCGCCUCCUGCCUCUCAGGGAAAGCACUGGAGUGGGCCAACGCCGUAUGGGGGGAAGGAGAAGCGGUGUUGGACCACUUCGAGGAUUUUGAUUUUGACCAACCAGUCUUUGACCACCCGCCUGAGGAAUGUCCAGUGGGGUACUUUAAGUCGGUGUUGGGUUCGGUUCCGUGUUCAGUGUGUCCGUCUAACAGCAGAACCAGUCAGGAGGGAUCGCGUGUGUGUGAGUGUCGCAGCGGCUUCUACAGAGCACCCGCCGACGUCAACUCCUCCGCCUGCACAAGCUCUCCCUCUGCUCCGACCUCUGUCUCCUGGGAGUAUGAGAGUGGUGAUGGUGGGGUGUCUCUGCGCUGGCGCCCUCCAGUGGACAUGGGUGGUCGUAGCGAGGUGUGGUAUGGGGUGGUGUGUAGGAUCUGUCCCUCGGCCACCUUCACCGCCCCGGGGGCGUGCUCCUGGUGUGGAGAGGCGGUCACCUUCACCCCAUCCCAGACUGGCAUCAAGCAGACCAAGGUCACCCUCAACAACCUGCUCACCAGAGUCACCUACCUUAUACAGGUACAAGCGGUCAAUGAUGUCUCAGCUCUGAGUCCUUUCCCGCCUCAAUUCAUCAGCAUCAAUUUCACUACUAGCCAAUCAGUGCCCUCUCUGGUCCCUAGCCUGCACCAGUUGAGUCGAGCCCCAGACUCCAUCACCCUGUCCUGGCCACAGCCUGACAGACCCAAUGGAGACAUACUGGAGUACCAGCUCAGAUACUACGACAAGGGUUCAGAUGAGGACAGUGCAGUGAGUGUGUUCAGUGAGACCAACACAGUGACUGUCAACUAUCUGGCUCCUGGCUCCAUCUAUGCCUUCCAGAUCAGGGCCCGCAACGAGAGGGGCUAUGGCCCCUACAGUCAUACUAUCUACUUCACUACAUUGGCCCUGGAGGAGAGUUCUAAGCAGAUCCAGAAUCGGCUCCCUCUAUUGGUUGGUUCUGUGAUGGGCGGGGCAGCCUUCCUCCUGGUCAUUGUGGCGAUAGUGGUCGUUUUUGUGUUCCGCAGUAAGAGGAGGGAGAGCCCCUACAGUGACAGACUCCAGAGGUACAUCAGCCACAAAGGGGGGGUGAAGUACUACGUGGACCCUUCCACCUAUGAGGACCCCAGUGAGGCGGUCAAGGAGUUUGCCCGUGAGAUCGACCCCUCUCACCUCAAGAUAGAAGAGGUGAUUGGUGCAGCCCAGUUUGGGGAGGUGUCUCGGGGGCGCUACCGCCCCCUGGGUCGUAGGGAGGUGCUGGUGGCGGUGAAGACGCUACGCUGGGGCGUGACAGACAGAGAGAAGGCAGUGUUUAUGACCGAGGCGGGGGUGCUGGGUCAGUUUGACCACCCCAACGUGCUGAAGCUGGAAGGGGUGGUCACACAAAGCCCACCAGAGAGGAUCAUCACUGAGUUCAUGGAGAAUGGACCACUGGAUGCCUUCCUCAGGGAGAAUGAGGACCAGUUCAGUGUUCUCCAGCUGGUAGGGAUGGUGAGGGGUGUUGGGGCUGGGAUGAGGUACCUCUCUGAGAGGAACUUUGUCCACCGGGACCUGGCUGCUAGGAACGUGCUGGUCAACUCUAACCUGGUGUGUAAGGUGUCUGACUUUGGGCUGUCGCGCCUCAUGAGGGGUCUGGACCAUAACAUGCCCACCUACACUGCCUCACUGGGCAGUAAGAUUCCUGUCAGGUGGACAGCCCCGGAGGCCUUCCAGCAUCGCAAGUUCAGCUCAGCUAGUGAUGUCUGGAGCUUCGGAGUGCUCAUGUGGGAAGUGAUGUCAUAUGGCGAGCGGCCAUACUGGGACAUGAGCAAUCAGGAAGUAAUGAAGGCGGUAGCAGACCAGUACCGUCUCCCAGCCCCAAAUAACUGUCCUCCAGCGCUCCACUCCCUGAUGCUGCAGUGUUGGCAGGCUGAGAGGGGCGACCGGCUAGGCUUCGACUCCCUCCUCUCCUCCCUGGACAGGCUCAUACGACACCCUGCCUCCCUCAAGGCAGAGCAUCCCCGCUCCACCCAGCCACUGCUGAGUCCCACCCCCACAGACCUGUCGUCGGUGGCGACGGUCAGUGAGUGGCUGACAGCGUUAAGGAUGGACAGGUAUAAGGACCAGUUUGAGAGGGCACAUCUGGACACACUGGACCGAGUCAGCAGGCUAACCAUGGAGGAUGUGCAGAACCUGGGGGUGAACCUGUUGGGACACCAGAGGAAAAUCACCAAUGCGGCCCAGCAGCUCAGAACCCAUCUCACCCAGGGCCAGGUGGAGGUCUAG